AUGUGCUGGAGUUUGGAAACUGCGUUUAUGGACGCACAAGCCGUGGCCAGCCUGGCAAAAGUCUCGCAAGCACCGUAUAUGUUUGCCUUCACACUGGAGGCAUUUGAGCCGCUUUCCAGGUCCAACUUUCCUUACCCUUGA